AAAUGGUUUUUGUUUCACAUGAGUCGGUGUCGUUUGGCGGACGGUAUAUUUUUCAACUCAUGGGAAGAUCUUGAACCGGUCCCCCUAAAAGCAAUAAGAGAGAAUCCAUUCUUCAAGAGUGUGACACCGCCGGUUUACCCUGUUGGACCGGUGAUUAAACAAGAGGAACAUGAUGAAUCAGCAGCGGAAUACAUGUCAUGGCUGGAUGAGCAAACACCGAACUCUGUUCUCUUUGUAGCGCUUGGUAGUGGUGGAACUUUGUCAGGGGAACAGAUGAUUGAGUUGGCUUGGGGUUUAGAGCUGAGUCGGCAACGAUUCAUAUGGGUGGUUCGUAAACCAACAGAAGUUUCUAGUUCAGGUACGUUUUUCAAUGUGGGAAGUGAUGCUAAUAACCCAGAGGAGUAUCUUCCCGAAGGGUUCCUUGAGAAGACAAGGGGAGUGGGAGUGGUGGUACCGUCGUGGGCUUCCCAAGUGGCCGUGCUCCGCCACCCGUCAACAGGCGGGUUCAUAUGUCAUUGUGGAUGGAAUUCAACAUUGGAGAGUAUAGUUCACGGCGUGCCAAUUAUCGCGUGGCCUCUCUACGCGGAGCAAAAAAUGAACGCAACGGUGCUAGCGGAGGAUAUUGGAGUAGCCGUCAAACCUGAGGUGAAGGCGGGCCAGACGGUGGUGGGACGGGAAGAGAUAGCGAGAGUGGUGAGAAUGGUGAUGGAGGGUGAUGAAGGGGAUGAAAUAAGGCGUCGGGUUAGGGAACUGAAGGAAACUGCCGCAAAAGCACUGAGUGCCAGAGGGUCGUCGCAUGAAUCGAUCUGUCGGGUGGUGGAGGAAUGGAGGGCGCUGAGCUGACUCUGGAUUUGAAGCCAUAACACUUGGUUUAGUUCCCAUUGAACGCAUUAGCAUUUACUGGGAUGAAUAAAAAGAGAAAUAAAUUAGUUAUUUUCAUCAGUGUUUUAUGGAAGGUGCCAAUAAAAGAUUAGAAGUCUCCGGCACCUCAGCUCAAAUGUGCCCAAGAUCUGCAAUUAAGUUGUUGCGGUUGGUUUGUUUUUAUAUCGAUGUAUAGAGAUUAAGAAUGAAACUUUAUAUUUGUAGCUAAAAGGGUAGGAAAUCUAUUGUCUGUCUC